AUGAAGGGUAGAGCGUAUAUUUGGGUUGCCCUCCUGUUGGCUUGCCUACCCUCUCGUUUUAAAAAUUUAGACAAGGACGUUUCUGCCCCGGUAUGCAGAACUGACGAUGUGUACACGGGGGAUUCCUUUUUCCCUUUCAAGAAAAAAAAAUACGUCCUCUAUGAUGUGAACAUCGGAGAAGGUUUCAAUCUGCAGAAGGAAGUACUAUACCGAGUCGCGCUGGCCGUGUACUACCUCAACAAGGAGGAGCGGACAAACGUGUAUUAUCUUGUGUUGCCUCCCUGGUGCUACGUCACCCACUGGGGAAUGCAGGAAACACACAACAGAAUUAAGUGGGACCUUUUCUUCAAUCUGAAGGCUCUCCAAAAUGUGAUCCCCGUGAUGGAGUACACGGAAUAUGAGGGACAGUUUGGGCCGCACGCGGACUACAUCCUUUCGUAUCGACAUGCCAUUGAAGAUUGGUCGAAAAGGAAGGAAAAAAAAAGCUUCCAAGUUGUUGAUAUAGACAAAUGUAACGUGAAAGAUUAUAAAUUGAAAAAAAAUCUAUGUAAAAAUUGUGACCAUAAAUAUUCAGUUGUAUAUUCAGGAAAUUGCACAAAUGUGAAGGGAAAAAAAACGGAGUGUUUCGAAUUUUUUUUUAUAACUAGCUAUUUUGUAAGCUCCACUCUUUCAGACAUAUUUCACUACGACACGGAUUCUGUCCUUAUCAAACAUGGAAGCAGCAUCCUGGUUGCUUUCAUGAACGAAUUGGAGGAAGCCAAUUUGGAGGAUGUUCUCCCAUACAGUGAAUAUUUAAUAAACGAGGGAAACCAGUUUGUUGAGAAAACUUUCAAGUCGAGUAAUAACUACAUAAGUUGCCAUCUGAGGUACACGGACUUUAGGAAAAUCGCAAAAUAUGACGUGUCGCCUGUAGCCAUUUCACUCUUAAAAUUGCUUUACAUCAUGUUUUUGCGAAAAAGUGACAUCAUUUUUGUAUCAACUGAUGAGAAGAAGGAAGUUAAAAAAGUGAUUGAUAGGCAAUUUCCUCAAUUUAAACAUUUUUUUUUUUUUUACGAAAAUGAAAAGUUGCACACAGGACAGGUUGCUAUCGUUGACCAGUGGAUUUGCACACGUUCAGGGACAUUUGUGGGGAACAUUUUUUCCAGAUUCAGCAUACACAUAAAAUGGGAGCGAUCUUUAAUCGGUAAGGGUGGGCCGGAUCACAAUUUGGAUCUUUGCGGUUACAGCAUUAGCACCGAUAAGGAGUUGCGAAAAAAGUAUUCCGACAUUCAAGAUGCCCCCCUCGAUGAGGAGGUCCUGCAGAAGCUGCACCCCUUGUACAUGCGCCUCUCACAAACAGAUAGAAAUUUCAUCAGGACGAUUUGCUACGACUCUACGUAUCAUUACCCCCAGAAUGUGAGCAUCUACCGGAGGGGAAGCGGCGGGAAAAAGAGCGAUUAA